AUAUCAAGUUGCAAAAUUCAAAGCCGAACCAAAAAUACAAAAAAAACAGAUCUUUAAAUUAAGAUCCUUUAUUUAAAAUCCAUUAUUGAUCUGAAUGUAAUAAGAACAUGCAGAAAGGAACAUUAAUUAACACGAGGGAAAAAGAAGUAUCAAGCAUUUGGCUGUACGAGGAUCAAGACGAAGCUAAAGGUCCACCAUCACGAAAUGGGAACAUUGACUUAUACGACUUUGAUUUAUCGGAUGAAAAUGAGUGCUGCAUGAGUCUAUCGGAUACAAACGAGAUUAUUGGAGAUUACAAAAAGCUAUUGUACGACAAAUUAUGUAUUGUGAAGCUUAAUGAUAUUUCAAUUUUGCCAGUAUCUAACAAUACACCGCACAUUUUAAAUCUAAAGCAGGAAUUUACAUUUCCGCAAUCUAAUUUUGCCGCGCAACGAGACAAUUUCACGCAAACAGUAAAGCCUAUAGAGGCUAGAGUUAAAACACCGUAUCCGUAUGCUGCAUUAAGAGAUUUAAUUGAGGAUCAAACGUUUUUACGUCCACAAUCAUUCCCUAUGGAUACGCCAUCUAAUCACAGUAUGAAAUAUGCACGACAUAACAAUAUGAGGAAUAACAAUACUAAUGAUCAUAUCGGUGAUGGAAUUGACAAUAAUUUGAGGCAGAUAAAAUGCAAUUUGUAUGAAGUCAGCAAAAUUGAAAAGAGUGACGAUUUGGAGGUAGUUAAUUCUGUGCAGUGUCAAAAUCCUGUUCAACGUGUCAUUGUAAAGCCAAAAAAUCAAUCAACACCGACAUUCAAAUGUAAGAAAGCAUGUCAACGUCCAUCCACGAAACAGAUGCGCAAAAAAGAAAUGUCUCGUGAUGAUGAAGAUGAAUCGGGUGCCAUUAGUGUUGCUAAAAAUAAUUUGGCAUCAAAAAAAUCAUCAAACUCAUCAAAGGAAAGUAGUAAAAUGGAUGUAGCAUCAAGUGAUUCGACAGAUUUCUGCAAUGUCGGCGGAAGUUGUUAUGUCAAACUUUGUACGAUUGUUGAGCAAUUGCAAGAUUUUGAAUGGGAAGUGUGCAUUGAUGGAUUGCGGAACUUCCUUCAGAUUGCAAAUAAUAUUCAUUGGGAUAGUGAUUUAGGAGCUAGAUUCAUUCCAAUUAUCAGCAGAAAAUUAAUUGACUUUUUCAAGUCGCCACGUUCGAAUUUGUGCCGAACAGCAUGUCAAGUGGCUGGUGAAUUUUUUCUGCUUGCAAAAAGCACAAAGCGGCCGGAAUUUGAUGAAAUGGUUGACAUCCUGUUGUGUAAGACUUCUGAUCCAAACAGAUUCAUUCAAAAAGAUGCAAAUAUAGCACUUGAAAAGAUGGCAUCGUGCAUAUCCGUGCAUCAUUCAGUUCGUGCUGUUUGUGCAAAAGGAUCUAAUCACAAGCAUCCAAUUGUUCGCUCGACGUCUGCUCGAAUAUUGACGGAAAUCUGCAAGAAAGCUGGAAAUGACCAGAUUAUUGGAAGUGAUGCAAAUCCACGAACUAGGAAGCGAGUAAUGUCGAAUUUAGCAAUAUUUCUGUUAGACAAAAACAUGGAAACGAGAAAGAAUGGAGAACAGCUGUGCAUGCUUCUCAAGAGUCAUAAAUUCUUCAUGGAAUAUUUUUUCAAGGAUGUUGAAAACAAUUUAAAGGUUCCACUCCGAAAAAUUGUUAAUCAACUACGAUGAAUGACAAAGCUUUUAUGUUGGUUUCGAGUUGGAACUGAAAACUGUAAACGAUUCAUGGAAGAUAUUAAGCUUUUUGGGAAUGAAUGAAUAAUGAAAUUUUUUGUUGAUAAUAGUAAGAUUCAGCUGAUUGUAAAGGUUGAUUAAAGGGUAUUAAGGCUCAAAAAACUUUAAUCACACACUUUCUACUUCCCAAGAAUGCUGAUCGUCAAUAAACUAGUUAAGAGGCUGUUCACUUAUUACGUUCGCAUUUUAGAAGAGAGGGGGGGUUGAAAAAUUGUAACAAAAUGUAAUGUAGGGGAGGGGGGUGUCAAGAAGUAUGUAACGUUCUAACUGUCGUCUGUCUUUUAAAAAAAGUUCACGAAAAAAAUUUGUUUACAAAUUC